CCCGGCAUCCAUUUCGCAGCUGGAGCGAGGGGGGGCGGCUCUGAGGGAAGAUGAAGGCGGCGGCCAUGUUGGGAGCUUCAGGGUGGUUUCGGUGCGGGGUGUGCUGAGGGAGUCUGCGCAGGGAGAGCUGUCGGUGGGGGAUCGGCGGAAGGUCGGGCUCGAAGCGGGAGGAGUAGAGCGCCUACUACGACUCUGAGCCGGGCUUGUUUAGUUGCUUGUGCCCGGCUUCAGGAGCGCUCGGCAGGGGAGGAGGGGAGGGGUGUCCCUGACCGAGGAGCGAGCACCAUGAGCGGGGGGACGCCCUACAUCGGGAGCAAGAUCAGCCUUAUCUCCAAGGCCGAGAUCCGCUAUGAAGGGAUCUUGUACACCAUCGACACCGAAAAUUCCACUGUGGCGCUGGCCAAGGUUCGCUCCUUUGGUACAGAGGAUAGACCAACUGAUAGACCUAUACCACCUCGUGAUGAAGUCUUUGAGUAUAUUAUAUUCCGUGGCAGUGACAUUAAAGACCUAACUGUCUGUGAGCCACCAAAACCUCAGUGUUCUUUGCCACAGGACCCUGCUAUUGUUCAGUCUUCACUAGGAUCUUCGACUACAUCUUCAUUCCAGUCUGUGGGGUCUUAUGGUCCUUUUGGCAGAAUGCCUGCAUACAGUCAGUUUAGUCCAAGCCCGCUGGUGGGGCAGCAGUUUGGCGCUGUUGGAGUUGCAGGAGGUUCUUUAACAUCUUUUGGAACAGACUCUUCAGCCAGUGCUAGCAUGUCCCAAAGCACUGCAGUUGGUUCUGCAUUUACAACAGAUGCAAGAUCACUAAAAACACAGAUGUCUCAAGGUCGUUCAAGCCCUCAGAUAGAUCAUUUGAGAAGGAGCCCCACCAUGGAACAAGCAGUGCAAACAGCUUCAGCCCACUUGCCUACUCCAGCACCAGUUGGGAGGAGGAGUCCUGUACCAGCCAGACCUUUGGUGUCUGCUAGCCAAAAAUCGUUAGAGAAUCAAGAGCACAGACGAGCUGAAGCACACAAGGUUUCAAGAUCAGAAAAUGAACUCAGAAAUGAAAACAAACGACAGAUUGUUCCAGGUGGACCUUCAGCACGGAGAGGCCGUGGAGGUCACAGAGGGGGCCGAGGAAGAUUUGGUAUUAGGAGGGAUGGUCCAAUGAAGUUUGAGAAGGACUUUGACUUUGAAAGUGCAAAUGCACAAUUCAACAAGGAGGAAAUUGAUAGAGAAUUUCAUAAUAAACUUAAACUAAAAGAAGAUAAACUUGAGAAACCAGAGAAGCCUGUAAAUGGAGAAGACAAAGGUGACUCAGGUGUUGAUACCCAAAAUAGCGAAGGGAAUGCGGAUGAGGAAGAUCCACUUGGACCCAACUGCUACUAUGACAAAACCAAAUCCUUCUUUGAUAACAUCUCCUGUGAUGACAAUAGAGAACGGCGACCCACCUGGGCUGAGGAAAGAAGACUAAAUGCUGAGACCUUUGGAAUACCACUGCGUCCCAAUCGCGGCCGUGGAGGGUACAGAGGCAGAGGGGCGAUUGGCUUCCGAGGUGGAAGAGGACGAGGAGGUGGAAGAGGUGGCUUCCCUGCCCCCCGAGGAUUUCGUGGUGGAUUCAGAGGAGGUCGUGGAGGCAGGGAGUUUGCUGACUUUGAAUAUAGGAAAGACAACAAAGUUGCUGCAUAGUCUACAAGAAAGCUGAAACCGGGUGAACGUCUAGAUCUUCUCGAUCCAGAGAAUUAGUUUCAGUCUCUGCAAAGAAUGAAGUUAGUUUGCUGUAUACUUGUCACCAGCACUGGGAUUUUACUAUUUAAUUUCAAAGGGGUGUAAUGCAGUUACUUUUGAAAAAUGGCCAUCUUUGAAAACAGUGAGCAUUAAAUAUAUUUGAGACAGAAGGAUAAGUAAUUUCUUAUGUAUAGUUAAUUAUAAAGCAGUACGUCGAUGGAGUUUAAGUAUUUUUUCAUCACUGAAAGGAUUUUUCUUAUUACUAAACUGUAUUUGAUAAUUGCUUCAAGUUGUAAGGACAACUGUAUGCAGAAGGCCGUCGAUACUGUGAGUGUUUUGAUCCACUGAAGGUUGUUUUUUGGAAAUCCUGUAAUAUCCCUUUUGAGAUAGUUGUACUUUUAUCAACUAGGGUGCUGGACAGUAGAAAACUUGCUUUGUCAGUCAAAUAUGUACACACAGUAAAUACUGUUUCUUAGGCAAAGGAAACUUUUUAUAUAGUUGUAAAAUUCCAUUAUAUCCCAUUGCCAAAGAAACAUUGCAAACUUUGUAUAGCUGUAUAAAAAGCGACUAAUUUUUUAACGAAUAAACAUUUUUAAGUCGGCA